AUGGCGGCGUACGUGCAGGACAGCAUCAUGCUCCUCGGCGAUUCGCUCACCCAGGCCCAUGUAUACAACCGCAAGAUGGACGUGGUCAACCGCGGCUUCAGCGGCUACAACACCGACUGGAUUCUCCCCGUCUUCGACCAGGUCUUCGCCACCAAGGAGCAGCAGCAGCACCUGCCCAAGGUCCGCCUGCUCGUGAUCUGGUUCGGCGCGAACGACGCCGCGCUUCCCGUGCGGGACCAGCACGUCCCGCUCGAGCGCUACAAGGCCAACCUCGCUCACCUCAUCACCGCCGUGCGCUCGCCUGACUCCCCGCGCCAUUCGCCGGACACCCGGAUCGUGCUCAUGACCGCCCCGCUGGUGAACACCCACCAAUGGGGCGUGCGCCAGGCCGAGCGCGGGAACGUGAUGGACCGCGACUUCGAGACGACGCGGACGUACGCCGCGGCCGCGAAGGAGCUCGGCGCGGCCAAGGGCGUGCCCGUCGUCGACCUCUGGACCAAGAUCUACGACGCGGCCGGGCAGGAGGAGGCCGCGCUUAGCGGGUUCAUGACCGACGGCCUCCACCUCAACAGGGACGGAUACCAGAUCGUGUUCGACGAGUUGAUUAAGACGACCACCGCAAACUUCCCGGAGUACCAUUAUGAGAACUUCAAGUUUGUCUUCGUUACGUCAGUCGUGUGA